AUGAUGGGAGGUUGGUGGUCGUCCUCGGCCAAUAGUGCCCUGGACGAACAGAUCGACAAAGCAACCGGUAGUAGUUUAGAGGAUAUUCCCCUUAACCUCGAGAUCUCCGACGUUAUAAGGUCCAAGACGGUCCAACCUAAAGAAGCCAUGCGCUCGCUGAAGCGUCGCAUCGGUAACAAGAAUCCCAACACCCAGUUGAGCGCGCUAAAUUUGACGGACACUUGCGUCAAGAACGGCGGCUCGCAUUUCCUUGUCGAGAUUGCUUCACGAGAGUUUAUGGACAAUUUAGUAUCUCUUCUCCACGCAGUUGGUCCCGCCGAAGUUAAUGUCGAGGUCCGAGCGAAGAUCUUGGAGUUGAUACAAUCCUGGGCCGUCGCUACCGAAGGUCGCUAUGACCUAAAAUAUAUCGACGAGACCUACAGAGCCUUGCAAAGAGAGGGCUUCCAAUUCCCCCCCCGAACAACCGUGGCGAGCAGCAUGAUUGACAGUAGCGCCCCCCCAGAAUGGACCGACUCCGAUGUCUGCAUGCGGUGCCGGACCCCAUUCACCUUCACAAACCGUAAACAUCAUUGCCGUAAUUGCGGUAAUUGCUUCGAUCAGCAAUGUUCUACCAAGACACUUCCUCUCCCGCAUUUGGGUAUCCUACAACCUGUGCGGGUAGACGAUGGUUGCUACGCCAGGCUAACGGACAGGUCUAAUAAAACCAACUUCGGGAAACAGGAACGACGCUCUCCCACGAGCCCUUCAUUUCAUAAAACCCGUACUUCGUCCGCAAUGUUGCCUCGGAAUGCUCGAGUCGACGACGCCUUUGAUGAGGACCUCAAGAAGGCUUUAGCUAUGAGUCUAGAGGAGGUUCAAAGUCACUCCAAGGGCUAUACCCCUCCUACCGAUAACGUUACCCACCCGCCACAUGCGAAGGCCAGCGGUCACUCCUCUACACCAGUGGCUACCGCUACAACUGAAGACGAGGAUGAGGACUUGAAGGCUGCCAUCGCAGCAUCUCUGGCAGACAUGGAAGAGCAAAAACAAAAGCAUUCUGCAGCCUUGAAACAACAAACAAACAAGGUUGAAAACGUCUCAGCUACCCCAUUUGCCUUGCCCAAGAACGAUUACGAGCUUAGUCCAGUUGAAGCCGAAAAUAUCAAUCUCUUCUCAACCUUAGUCGACAGGCUGCAGACCCAACCUCCAGGCACAAUCCUGAGAGAGCCGCAGAUCCAAGAGCUUUAUGAUUCUAUUGGGGCGCUGCGGCCCAAACUAGCGCGCACGUACGGCGAAACGAUGAGCAAGCACGAUACCCUACUCGACCUGCAUGCUAAACUUUCUACUGUUGUGCGAUAUUAUGAUAGGAUGCUAGAGGAGCGCCUCUCGAAAGCCUACAGCCAACAUAACAUUGGUGGUUACGCUUUACCCAACUCCGCACAGCAGGUAGGCCAGUAUCCCACAAUGGAAUCCAACGCCGCCAGGACUUCUACGUCUGCAGAGAAUUUCUACACUGGCGACCCGCUUCCGGAUCCUACUAGGAAAUCUGCAGGCCACCAAUAUCUACAACACGUCCAGCCAGGGCAGCCGCAACAAUUCGCAAGCUACGACAAGAGGGGUUCGGUAUCAGCACCAUCGAGCAGCCAGUAUCCGCAUCAUGUUGGGCAAGGAAACGAGGGCUGGCAAAAACCACAGGGGCCAUCCGCACCAGCCCAGUAUCUUAGUCAAGCCAACUUCACACCUAACGAUGUUCCCCCUCAGCCUACCCACGUAUCCCAUCCUUCCCCACAAACUCCUAUUAACAGAGCCACCGAGCCAGUGGUGGCACCGGGAGUCGACCCCAAUGCCGGUUAUUAUUAUAAUAGCUCUCAGCCGAGCAGUGACCCUACUACGCAGAGUGUUCAUCUAGAAGCGUCGCUGUCACCAUAUCCAAGCCUUCAGCAGAGCUUAAGCCAUGCUAGGCAAUCUAUCCCUCCAACACCUGCCUCUGUCCCUUCGCAACCAUCCCAAGCCCCGCAACAUUAUCAGCCACCUAAUCAGCAGCAAGCGCAGCAGCCAUAUUGGCAGCAGCAGCAGCAGCAAAACGGAGAUCAGGCCCCUCAAGCAUAUCAGACGGGGAGUCCGGGAUACUCAAGAUACGGUCAGGAUACGUUUCCCGCUGUUCCCCAACAUACUCCUCAGCAGCCUGUCAUAGAAGAGAGCUUGAUUGACCUAUAG